AUGGGUUCAGAGUAUGAAGGAACUCCAACUACUUCUCAAACGAAUGCUGAUACUCUGGACCAUGAAUUGUAUGGACGAGGUCAAAGGGGUAGAAAGCCUUUAUUACCCUGGACACCAACAGCUCCAGAAGAAAACGGCCCACCAUUAAAGGUGAAGAAAACGAUGCCAGCUAAACAAGCUACUAUAGACGCAGAUAAAGAGGCGGCUAAACAGUUUAAUAAAAAAGUAAAAGAAGGCAUUGCGAAAAUUACUGAGGAAACAGACGUUAUAUGCUUAGAACGUGCUUUAAACAAUGCUAAUCCAGGCGUUGUAGUAAAAGUUGUUGAAAGAAAGCCUCCAAAGUACGCUAUAGUUACAGCAACGAGCACUCAGUGCAAUAUUCAAUAUAACAACUCAAACUUUCCACUAGACGAUGGAGUAGGAGUAAUUCCGAGAGAUGAAGUUGCUGGAAUUGAUAGCAAUGAAACAAUUUCUGCUUUGAGGGUGGAAAAUGAACAGUUAAAAAUACGACUGGAAGCUGCUGAGGCUGUAAUUAAUGAAUUAAAAGUAAAAUGUAAUAAAUUAACAGCAGAAAACAUUCAAACAAAAGCACACCUGCAAUAUGUGGAGAACAAGAAGGAUACCCUUCUCCUUCAACAAAUGGGAGGCGUUUUCAGGGCAGAACUUGCUCCUAUUAACGAGAACGUUGAAACUUUACUCCACAGGCAAAACAAUCCUGAUGCUGCUGCCGCAGAAGCGUUCGGGGAUCCAAACUCAAUGGUAAUGUUUGCCGGUGUGAAAAUAAAUAAUGAAAAAUUGGCUAAAGCCAAAAGUGCACUAUCGUUGACGUCGCGAGUGACGUUUCUUGCGCAAGGAUAUUGGUUACCUGAACAAAUACCAUUUGUUGGAUCAAGGAAACCACAAAAUGUUAGCGAUGAAGAUUUUAUACCUGUCACACUAACCGAUAUCAAUAACAUUAAGCGAAUUCUUUGUAGUCUUCAAGAAGACAAUACAUUAACAAUAAAAGAUGGAUCGGAAACUAAGUUGAAUGACGAUAAGUUUAUAAGAGAACAUAUUUUACAGGCUAUAAAAAAUUUGCGGCGUCCCCCAAAAACGAAGUAAUUACUUAAAAAGUAUACAACUUUGUACGGAGUUUCGCGCAAAAAUAUAAUAGAAAAUAUAAAAUUGAUCACUUGCGCUGAGAAUUCGCGCAUUGGAUCAAUUAUUUUUAUAAUUAUCAAUGUCAGUUUAUUGCUUGCGUUGAGUUUCGCGCAAAGAUAUAAACAAAAGCAUGAAAUUGAUCACUUGCGCUGAGAAUUCGCGCAUUGGAUAAAUUUCUUUGAUAAUAAUAAAUAUCAGUUUAUGGCUUGCGUUGAGUUUCGCGCAAAGAUUUAAACGAAAACAUGAAAUAGAUUACUUGCGUUGAGAUUUCGCGCAUUGAAUCAAUUUCUUUGAAAUGGGGUGGUUUUAGUGGGUAGGACCGGUCACUGGGGAGUCCCACACUACCGAAAGGUGUGCGUAAAUGCAUUUCCACCAAAGAAAGGGAUUAUUCAAGACUUAAAUAAACAACAAAAGAAGGAGGUAAGUAUGCUUAUUUAAUACUUGAAUGAUCACAAAGAAGAAAAAAAAAAA